AUGAAGUCCACAAUUGUUUCCGCUGCUGUCAUGAUGUCCUUUGGCACAGCUCUGGCUGUUGAACUAGUCUGCUACGGCACUGGAGUCCCCUCGCCCAUCGGAAAGGGCGACAUCGAGUACGCCAUCAGGAACCGGUCUGCCGAACUGGGCAUUCCUGGAGGUACUAAGUUUUCGUUCCGCUGGAAGACUUGCACCACUCCUGAGAAUAGCCCCAAGGAUGUUGCUGUGAUCACAACACCUAGCAUGCGCCUCAACUUCAACUGA